UUACUCGGAAUCGGAGGGAGAGCGAGCCUCGGAGAUAGGAACACCUGUUGUCAAAUUAAAACCGAUAAGCCUCUUCUUUCCUCUUCCACACACCCCAACAACAACAACGCACUCUACAUCUUGAUCUUGCAAAACUCUCUUUUUCUCUCUUUUUCUCUCCUCUCCUGCUCCAGAUAAAUAAUCUCCUCCCCUCCGGUCAACACCUUCUCGCAAACCCUAGAAAGUCCCCCACGAUCCGCGUCCCGUCCCGCAUCACGCGCCCUCCGCCGCCCCGACGAAGAUCUGCGAAAAUCGGGAGUUCUGGCCGUCGACGAUGAGUCUCUGUGACGUCCGCUGCCGCCGGCACCGAUUCCGAUCGGCCCUCGACUCGUUCACCAUCGCCUGCGAAGCCUUCUCCGAGCAGCCCCGCUCGAUUCCGCCUCCCGUCCCCCGCAGAUCCGCGCUCGAGGUUUCUUGAUCUCGAUCGCGAUCUUCUCUCUCUCUCUCUUGCCCCCUUUUCUCUCUCUCCCUCUCUCUCUCUCUCGUUCUCUCUUUCUCUUCCCUUUUGGGUUCUUGACGGAUGGAGGCCGAGGCCGAGGACGGCGGCGAGUUCGUGGAGAAGGACCCGUCCGGGAGGUACGGCAGGUACGACGAGGUCCUGGGCGAGGGCGCCUUCAAGACUGUCUACAAAGCGUUCGAUGAAAUUCAGGGGAUCGAGGUCGCGUGGAACCGGGUCGACGUCGAGCACUUCUCCGAGUCGCCGGCGCUGCUGCGGCGGCUCUACGAGGAGGUCAACGUGCUCAGGUCCGUCAAGCACGGGAACAUCAUCAGGUUCUACCAUUCCUGGGUCGACGAGGAGACGAGGACCAUCAACAUCAUCACCGAGCUCUUCACGUCCGGGAAUCUGCGGCAGUACCGGAAGAAGCACAAGCAUGUCGACAUGAAGGCGAUCAAGAACUGGGGCAGGCAGAUCCUUCAGGGGAUACAGUACCUCCACGGCCACGACCCGCCCAUCAUCCACAGGGAUCUCAAGUGCGAGAAUAUAUUCGUGAAUGGGUACGAUGGGCAUGUCAAGAUCGGUGAUCUGGGGUUGGCCAUCGUGAUGCAGCAGCCGACCGCGCACAGCGUGAUCGGGACUCCGGAGUUCAUGGCUCCCGAGCUUUACGAGGAGGACUACAACGAGCUCGUCGACAUCUACUCUUUCGGGAUGUGUAUGCUGGAGAUGAUUACUCUAGAAUGCCCUUAUGGAGAAUGCAAGAAUUCCGCGCAGAUUUACAAGAAGGUCCUCUCCGGCGUCAAACCCUUGUCCCUUGGGAAGGUGAAGGACCCUGAUGUUAAGCAGUUCAUUGAGAAGUGUCUUUUGCCCGCCACUUCGCGGCCGUCUGCGGCAGAGCUUUUGAGAGAUCCCUUCCUUGCAAUUGUGGACUCGAAAGCUUUGAAGAAGCCGGAAACUGUGCCAAAAAGCUUAUGUCCAUCCAACGAGGGUGGAAGAGGAACCGCUCCAAGUUCGGGUUUUGAGUUGAGGAUUUCCUCUGGGUGUAAUGAAUUCCGACUAGCAGGGGAGAGGAGCGAUGAGGCAUCGAUUUCGCUGACAUUGCACAUCGUGGUUCCAGAAGGCAAGGCCAACAAGAUACAGUUUGCAUUUUAUCUGGAUUCCGAUACGGUGGUCUCAGUUGCUCAGGAGAUGAUGGAGCAGCUUGAUCUGCCAAAAGAAGAUGCUGAUGUUGUGGCCGAGUUGAUGGACCGGUUGAUCGUGAAGAUGGUGCCCGGUUGGAAAGCUUGUGCCUCUGAACAGCGUCAAGAACAAGUGCCUCAGCCGCUGGCCUCCUUGAACUCACAGAUCUUGAAGUGUUCGUUCGAUCUGUUAUCCCCUAGGGAAGAGAUAGUAGAAAAUAAUAGGAAGAAGUGGAUGGGAAAGAAGGGGAUACCAGUUAUCUGAUGUACCUUUUCAUUCCUUUCCUGUAUUUUUGAAUGCUGUAGUCUCGUCAUCUGUCGGACGUUGUUAGUUCAUUCAAUGAAAUACGAGGUUUCUUCAGAUCA